CAUCCAGACUCUUUCCAGGGUCCACUACCAAGACAAAAGGUAGGCAGUGACAUUGACCGACUCGCCCCCCCUCCUUUUUGUCUCUCCCUGACUUCUUCUUCCCCAGUCUUUGAAAUAGCAGCUCUCCUUUCUCGAAGUUUUCCCACACCCGAGGGACUCGUUCUCUCCACAUUCAUUUGA